AUGGACUUCUACUUCUCGAAGCGCAAAUCAUGGAAAACAGUCAAAGCCGGCGGCGAUGUCCACUUUGCAUGCAACAAGCUCACAUCCGACAACGCAACUCAGCGCGGCGAUGCCCCCCGGGUCCGCGGCGCCGCAAGACUCCGCAUCGCUUCGAGGAACCUUAUCGCUUGCAGCGCUCGCGGGAAAGUUGGCCGGCACACAAGCUGGGAUUUCCCCCCGAAUGUGCAUGACUGA